AGACAUGAUCCUAGGGGAUCUUCAAAUGUCCCAGGGAACCGUCCGUGAGUUUUUCUUUUUUUCUUUUUCUAAUCCUGUUUGUUUGUACCGUUAUUAUUGGAACUGUUCAUGGUUGUAUUGACCAUUCACCUGACUGUUUAUAUUUAAAUGGACACGUGGUGUAUGACGAGUGAAUAUCAAAUGGACAUUAAUAAGUCAACGAUUAUCGCCACGUGGAUACGUUUAUAAAGACAAAGAUUGUUUUUUCUUUUUUUUUUAAAUAAAAAAAAGAUUUUUGAACAAUGACAAAGUUUCAUACAGUUAUAUAGUAUCGCUAAAGUUGAAAUUCCCGCCAUUACUUAACCUCCCUUUUCUCAACGUAAUUACACAAUUUUCAUGUCUGCGCCCAUACAUGGAGCGAACUUUAAUUACUUUGCUUCAUUCACCGCUACAGAUAAACCAACUAAAACAGAUUCACUCUCUCAUAAUCAUCAAACAUCCCUCGCUCGCUACAGUUCUCGUCAGAAAGCUUCUUAAUUUAUCUGACAUCGACUACGCCCGCCAACUGUUUGAUCAAGUUCCUCAACCGGGUCAAAUUCUUUAUAAUUCUCUUAUCUCUACAUACUCUAAACUCUCUUUGCAUAAAGAUGCAUUGAAAACAUUUUUUUCAAUGCACCAUAGUGACACCCGGUUGAGUUGUUUUACGGGUCCGCCUGUUAUCAAAGCCUGCUCUUCUUUGCUGGCUAUCGAUGUAGGAAAACAGGUUCAUUCUUUGAUUGUAAUUUGUGGCAUUGAUUGUAAUGUUUAUGUUCAAACUUCUUUGAUGGACUUUUAUGCCAAGAUUGGCGAGUUGGGAUCUGCAAGGAAAAUUUUUGACGGGAUUUUGGUUAAGGAUCCGAUUAGUUAUAACUGUUUGAUUACUGGGUACUCAAAGGCUGGUGAUGUCAUAGCUGCAAGGCGGUUAUUUGAUUCAAUGACAGAGAGAACUGUUGUUUCAUGGAAUGCCAUGAUUUCUUGUUACGCGCAUAAUGGGGAUCUUAAUGAGGGGUUAAAGACUUUCGAGAGGAUGCAGGCUGAAGAUAUCUCUCCUAAUGAAAUUACUUUGGUGACUUUACUUUCGAUAUGUGCUAAGCUUGGAGAUUUGGAAAUGGGAUUGAGAAUCAAGAAGUAUAUUGAGGAUAAUAAUCUCUGUGUGAAUAUGAUUGUUUCAACAGCGAUAUUGGAGAUGUAUGUUAAAUGUGGGGCUGUUGAUGACGCACGGAAAGAGUUCGAUAGGAUGGGCCAGAGAGAUAUUGUUGCAUGGAGUGCUAUGAUUGCUGGCUAUGCUCAAAAUGGGAGAUCAAACGAGGCCUUAGAGCUUUUCGAAUGCAUGAGAAGAGAAAAAGUUAAACCUAAUGAUGUCACACUUGUUAGUGUUUUAUCUGCUUGUGUACAAUUGGGCUCUGUGGAAAUGGGCAACUACAUUGGUAGCUAUGUAGAGAGCCAGGAUUUGGCUUCAAAUGUCUAUGUCGCUUCUGCACUAGUGGGUAUGUAUUCAAAAUGUGGAAAUAUAAGUAAAGCUCGUGAAGUUUUUGGAAAGACGCCUCAAAAAGAUAUUGUUACUUGGAACUCGAUGAUUGUAGGUCUAGCAGUUAAUGGCUUUGCAAAGGAUGCAAUUGCUCUUUAUAGGAAUAUGAAAGAAGCUGAUGUAAAGCCAAAUGAUAUAACUUUUGUUGGCUUACUGACAGCCUGCACUCAUGCAGGUCUUAUUGAACUAGGUCUAGAGUUCUUCAAAAGCAUGAAAUCAGAUUAUGGAAUUUUGCCAAAAAUAGAACAUUAUGCAUGCAUUGUAGACCUGUAUUGUAGGUUCGGGAGACUAAAAGAUGCCUAUGAGUUCAUAUGUGGAAUGGAAAUUCAGCCUAAUGUUGUGAUCUGGGGAACCUUAUUAGGUGCUUCCAGAACCCACUUGAAUGUUGAGCUUGCUGAGCUAUCUGUUACGAAGUUACUGGAGUUAGAGCCAGAGAAUUCUGGAAACUAUGUCCAACUUUCAAACAUAUACGCCAGUGUGGGUAGAUGGCAGGAAGCUCUGAAGGUGAGGAACUUGAUGAAGGAUAACAGAGUGCAGAAAAUAGCUGCAUAUAGUUGGAUAGAGUUGGAAAAUCAAGUACAUAGGUUCUUAGUCGGUGACACUUCUCAUCCUGCAACUGAUGAGCUCUGUGGCAUCGUUGAUGGGUUAGCCAUGCAGUCCGCUUGGCUUGGUUGUAGUUUAGAAUCUGACUUAGGAUUCUGAUGAUGCUCAAUCUAGAUUAGGAUGCUGGCUGCUGGGGCACCUGUUAGGGCUUUAGGAGGUUGUGCCCCAACUUGAUCCAAAUUACAGAAGAGAGUUAUGAGCAUGAUUUCUCUGGCUGAUAAUGUGAUACAGUAGGUUUAUUGAUUUUCAUAGAGCUUCUGUAUACUCUAUAUUUCAUCCAAUCGCCACCAGUCGACCAAUCUUCUCCCCAUACCCCUUGAUAUUGGUCUGUUAGAUUAGCAAUGAUUGGAUGCUGAUAGCAGUUGCUGACACUAACAGGAGUCCUAGUAAAAAUUAGAAAAAAACUAUUAAAGAGUCAUUAGUGUAAAAGGAGUUCUGUUGGAAGUGAGAGCUUUUCACGACAAGGAACUGUACGCUGCAGUAAAUUUUAUCCAAGACAAUUCUACUGCUGCUGCUGCUGCUGCUACCUGAUCAUAGGACAUCUCUAUUAAAGUUGGUACUCGACUGCUGCAUGUUGUCUGUUGAGCUUAUCGGAUAUUUGCUGACAAUUUUAUAUUUAAACAAUAUCUACUCGGUUCAAAUUUGAAUUGAUCUAUAAAGAUGAUUAAGGGAUGUUGUAAUUCCACUUCUACGUAGUAUUUUUGAGGGAGUCUUCGAAAGAUAUACUGAUGUAUCAGUUACUUCCGCCCCAGUAAUUAUCCUUAUCUUGUACCUAACCCACCACGUUAAACUUAUUCUUCUUCUACAUAUGCUUUAAAAGGGUUUAGUCACUUUUAUAAUGUUAAUUGCUAAAUCAGCAGCUCUUCCAACUGUAUUAUUUCAACAGGAUUCCAU